AUGAGCGCCGCACUAGGUGGAGUUAAUAAAGUAACCCCCAGUCAGAAUGUCAACGUUCAGCAUGGAACAGAGGAAAUUACAAAUUGCUUUUCACAGUUCGCCGGAGCCAACAGUAAAUUCGCCAUCAUUGGUGGUGGUAUUGCUACAACUACAACUCUCGUCGGAAUAAUUACCGUUGCCGUCGUCGUGUCAACAACAGGAGAAAGUGUUGAAACUCCUUAUAACUAUUCAGAGGUUAUUCACAAGUCUAUACUCUUCUACGAAGCACAACGAUCAGGCACAUUACCACCAACCAACAGAAUACCCUAUCGAGGAGAUUCCGCAUUAGAUGACAUGGGACUUAACGGUGAAGAUUUAACGGGUGGCUGGUAUGAUGCCGGUGAUCACAUCAAGUCAACGUUCCCGAUGGCGUUCAGUGUCGCAGUUCUCAGCUGGGGUUAUCUGGAAUUUAAGGAUGCAUACGAAGAAGCCGGUGAAACACAGAAUAUGUUGGAUUGUAUCAGAUGGGGGACAGACUUUCUACUGAAAGCACACACAGCGCCGAAUGAAUUAUAUGUACAGAUCGCAAAGAAAUCGGUUGAUCAUGAAUAUUGGGGUCGUCCAGAGGAAAUGACAAUGAACAGGACUUCAUUCAAAGUGACCACGGAAACCCCUGGAAGUGACGUCGCUGGGGAAGUAUCGGCCGCAUUGGCUGCUGCGUCGAUUAUUUUCGCAGAUUCAGAUCCAGAUUAUGCCAAUCAACUGCUGAAUGAAUCCAAAGAAUUAUUUGACUUUGCUGACAAUUACCGUGGAUUGUACGCAGACUCUUUCCCUGAGCCACCUGUCUAUUACAGAGGGAGCAAAUACGAGGACGAGAUAGCAUGGGCGGCUAUUUGGUUGUAUAAGGCAACUGGCGAGGAAGUCUAUCUCAAUAAAACUGAGAAUGAGAUACCGAACAUGACUGGAGGACGUUCAUGGGCGUUUGCAUGGUCACAGGUUGACGCAGGUGUACAUACACUUUUGUACAACUUGACAGGGGACAAGUACUAUAAGAACAGAGUGAUGCGCUAUUUAGACGAGUGGUUGCCUGGUAACGCUAUGUCAUAUACACCCAAAGGACUGGCGUUUCGAAAUGAAUGGGGGUCGCUUAGAUAUGCUUCGUCUACUGCGUUCAUUGCAUUGGUCGCAGCUGAGACCAGGAUACGCCCCACACCGUACCGACAGUUUGCAAAAGAUCAACUUAACUAUAUACUGGGAGACACGGGACGUAGUUACGUGUGUGGAUUCGGAAAGAAUCCCCCAGUUCAACCUCAUCAUCGAAGUAGUUCUUGUCCCGAUUUGCCUGAAACGUGUGCCUGGGGUGCGUUUCGCAGUCCUGAUCCAAAUCCGCAGAUAUUGUAUGGUGCUUUGGUAGGGGGGCCUGACGGAAACGACGAUUACGAAGACACCAGGGAGGAUUACUACAAAAACGAGGUCACGUUGGAUUACAACGCCGGCAUGCAGUCUGCCGUUGCAGGUGCUUUGUCAGACUUGCCAAAUUGUGUUUUAUCAUAA